AAAAAAAAAGAAAAAUAAAUAAAUAACGAUGCGGAUUGUGUAAAGUUAAUAUUAUCUCACAACCGUCUUUUUACAUGAUUUUUUGAAGUUAAAUUUUAGAAAGGAAUUCCUAUUGAUACGAUAGAUGAAGCACGUACGAUAUUGCAAAUUUUAAACAACAGAAAUUAAUUUGAUUGAAAUGUCGGACGAGUCGGAAAAUCAAUCGGAACGUAUAAACAUUAACGAAGCAUUAUGGGAUCAAAGUACUUAUAUCGGUAGAUGGAAACAGAUGGCUUUCAUUAGCGACUUCUUAACUAUUUUUGUGCCGAAAGAAAAAUUGUAUGAAGCUAAGAAACUUUGUAAUGAUUAUGCGUCGGGAGAUGAACCAGAAGAUUUGACAAAAGAAGAUAUCAUUUAUGCGAAGAAACUUUACGAUAGUUCCUUUCAUCCUGACAACGAUGAACUUAUGAAUCGCAUUGGUAGAAUGUCAUUUCAGUUUCCUGGUAACGCCAUUUUACUCAUGGCAAUGAUGACGUUUUACAAAUCUACAGCUGCUCUCCUAGGCUUGCAAAUAAUUAAUCAGGCAUUUACUACUAUUGUCAAUUAUACAAAUAGAAGUAUAAGACCCAACGAGUUAAAUGAAUCUAAAAAUGAUAUAACAGUAGCAGGAGAAGCCUUUUUAUGUAGCGCUGCAGCUAGCAGUAUAGCGACUUUUGGAUUAAAAAAAAUAUUCUAUUGCAAAGGACCACUAUUCGCACGACUGAUUCCGCUGGGAGGGCUGACGAUUGGAAAUAUGGUUAAUUUUGCUGUCAUACGACGAAAAGAGAUUAUAAACGGAAUUCCUGUAUGGGUUAUUCAUGAAGAACCUUUCAUGAAUUCAAAAAUUGCUGCAAUUAAAGGAGCUUCCGAAUGCUUUCUUACUAGAACAUUAACUGUGGCUCCAACAAUGAUUAUGAUUCCAGUUGUGGCAGAGUAUAUAAGGUCAACUUGUUUCUAUUAUCGUCGUCCAUGGGUCUUGUUUCCAAUCAAACUGGGCUUAUGUCUUGCUUCGUAUGUUCUUUUUUGUUUUAGAAUAUUAUAUUGUAUAUGUAGAAUAUGUAUAUUUUUAAUUAUAUUAUGCUAUAUACAUAGCUUGUUAGUGAUGAUUCCCUCGGCAUUGGCCUUAUAUCCAAUAUGCAAUUAUAUGAGACCAGAUUUAAUGAAGAUGUAUCCAUCGGAGUAUAAUGAAUUUACAGAGAAGUUCAAAGAGGCAGAGCAGCCAAAUAGAAUUUACUAUAAGAAAGGAUUGUAA